AUGAAGUAUUUUGGGCUCAUACUAACUUUUCUACUAGCUGUGGCUACUUGCAAAGCUUAUGAAGAAAUUACUUGCGAAGAGAACGUGCCAUUCACAUGUGGUCAAAUUGAUCGUCUCAACAGUAGCAACUUCGAGAAAGACUUCAUCUUCGGUGUUGCAUCUUCUGCUUACCAGGCAUGUUGCACAGGUCGUGGACUUAACGUUUGGGAUGGCUUCAGUCACCGAUACCCAAAUAAAGCAGGACCCGAUCAUGGAAAUGGAGACACUACUUGUGACUCGUAUGCGUACUGGGAGAACGAUAUAGAGGUGAUCGACGAACUCAGCGCUACUGGCUACAGAUUCUCCAUUGCGUGGUCAAGAAUCAUUCCAAGAGGAAAAAGGAGCCGGGGAGUAAACCAAGAAGGUAUUAACUACUACCACAGACUCAUAGAUGGCCUCAUCGAGAAGGGUAUAACACCUUUCGUUACGCUCUUCCACUGGGACCUUCCUCAAGUACUACAAGAUGAUUAUGAAGGUUUCUUGGAUCCGCAGAUCAUAGACGAUUUCAGAGAUUACGUGGAUCUAUGUUUCAAAGAAUUCGGUGAUAAAGUAAAGAACUGGAUCACGAUCAACCAGCUCUACUCAGUGCCUACUAGAGGCUAUGGAUCAGGAUCAGAUGCACCCGGUCGAUGUUCUCCAAUGGUUGAUCCUACAUGUUACGCCGGAAAUUCUUCAACUGAACCCUAUAUCGUAGCACAUAACCAGCUUCUCGCUCAUGCCACGGUGGUCGAUCUUUACAGGGAAAAUUAUACGCAUCAGGGAGGUAAGAUUGGACCUGUGAUGAUAACUAGAUGGUUUCUUCCAUAUAAUGACACUGAUCCAGACUGCAUAGCUGCAACCGAGAGAAGCAAAGAAUUUUUCUUGGGAUGGUUCAUGGGGCCGUUAACAAAUGGUACAUACCCUCAAAGUAUGAUAGAUACUGUGGGUGAGCGCCUUCCAUCGUUCAAUUCAAACGAAUCUAAACUCGUAAAGGGUUCAUAUGAUUUUCUUGGUCUCAACUAUUACAUCACUCAGUAUGCCCAGCCAAGUCCUAAUCAUGUUGAUUGGGAUAAUCACACUGCUAUGAUGGACUCAGGCGCAACGCUCACUUAUCGUAAUGCAAGUAAUCAUACCAUUGGUCCAUUGUUCACUGAAGACAAAGAUGACGAGACUAAAAACACCUAUUAUUACCCAAAAGGCAUUUAUUACGUAAUGGAUUACUUCAAAACCAAGUACUAUGACCCUUUAAUCUAUGUCACGGAGAAUGGAAUCAGUACCCCCGGUGAUGAAACCCGUGAAGAAGCUAUGCUCGAUUCCAAGCGGAUUGACUAUAUCUGUAGUCAUUUGUGUUUUCUCAGUAAAGUUAUCAAGGAGAAGGUUGUCAACGUGAAAGGUUACUUUGCGUGGUCUCUCGGGGAUAAUUAUGAAUUCGGCAAAGGCUUUACCGUCAGAUUCGGACUCAGUUACGUUGAUUGGAAUAAUGUCGCCCACAGAGACCCCAAAGAAUCUGGCAAAUGGUACCAGAAGUUCAUAACCGCUGCCAUCACGAACCCUGCGAAACAAGUUUUUCUCCGCUCCAGCCUCACCUCGGAGAAGAAAGAGAAAUUCGCAGAUGCAUGAAAGACUCAAACCACUUUAUCAGCCUCAUCAAGAUCAUCUUUAUGUCUCCCCUUUCUACUUGCUCCAUAGAUAAGGAGCUUUUACUACGUACUGUACUAAGUAAAAACCUCCAAUAAUAGAAGAUGAUCAAUAUAAUAAAUACGUUGUGUACUA